CACCUUUUUCUCACCGGUUGUGCACUCGAGAGAAAGGCAACACGCACCAGGUAUACCAGGCAAGGGAAGUUGACAAGUUGCCAGCAACGCCCGACGUUUGCUUGCAAAGCAGGCCAGAGCAUACUCUGUUGCACAUAUUCUGUUGCACAUACUCUGUUGCACAUACUCUGUUGCACAUACUCUGUUGAUACGCAGAGCUGCCUUGUUGACGAGCCAGACGAGAACAGGCAGCGGAACACAACAGACGAAGAGACGACGGAAGCGACACACAACAUACCGUUGCAACCAGCAUUGACACAAACACAAACAUGAUGGACGUGGAGCAAUUGCACGUUGUGCUGCAGCAAUCCUUCAGCCCCGACGCCAGCCUUCGAAACCCGGCGGAAGCAACCAUUCGGAACCUCAAACACCUCAAGGGAUCCACCGCGUUGCUAUUGCAGAUCGCCACCGAGAAGCAGGUGAGUGGAGCCAAGCCGAAUCGGAGCCGAGUUGAGCUGGAGCAGAGAGAACUGGAAUGAAAAGCAGCAGGCAGCAAAUUGGUGGCAGCAGAAUGGGCUCUGUCGCGAUCGAGAUGAGACGCUGGGAGGUGCAACGACAAAAGCAAAAACCCAUCCCGUGCAUUCCACCUCCACCACGCACCCUGACUCGUGCCAUCUGCCAUCGAUUGUUCAUUUCCACCGAUGUCGACCUCACGAUUGCUGUGUUGUGUUCUUUGUCUUUAUUGCUAACCGCGUCUUGCUCUUGCUCUUCUUUCCGGCUGCCUCGUCGCUGUCUUGGGUUGGUGCCUGUCCACAGGUCCAGUUCGAGGUCCGACAAGCCGCCUCCAUUCAACUGAAGAACAUUUGCAGAGAAUGCUGGGCCGAGCGACUCAAUUUUGCGGGGUAUCCCCUCUCGGAUGCCGACGGAAAGAAAACCCCGCUGCUGGACGACGAGGACAAGGGCGUCAUUCGACCGGGUUUGGUCAAGGCCCUGCUGGACGAAACCGAAAAGAGCAUACGGGAUCUGAUGGCGGAAACCCUGCACACGAUCGUCAUCCACGACUUUCCCGAGCGAUGGCCGGAUCUCAUCCCGACCCUGCUGCAAACGGUGCAGCAGGGAGCGACGGACCCGAGCAGGGCGCUGCAUGUCCACAACGCGCUCCUGGCGCUCCGAAAGGUGUGCAAGCGAUACGAAUACAAAAGCAAGGACCAGCGGGGGCCGCUCAACGAAAUCGUCGCGCAGUCCUUUCCGCUCUUGCUGCCCCUGGCCCAGAGACUCUCCUCGAAGGACGAAAAUUCCCUGGAAAGCGCAAUGAUACUGAAGCAGAUUCUCAAGAUAUUCUGGUCGUCCACGCAGUUUUACCUCCCCGGUGGUGGUGCCAACGGAGAACCCUCCCCGGCCCUGCAAAACCCCCAGUCCAUGCAACCGUGGCUGGACAUCCUGAGGGCGGCCCUGGAGAAAGAACUCCCGGAGGGCGGAACGGGUCUGGAACCCAGGGGCCAACCAACGACGGUCGAGGAACGCAACGCCUGGCCCUGGUGGAAGGUCAAAAAGUGGGCGGUCCAGAUCAUGAGCCGGCUCUUUUCCAGGUACGGGAUCCCAACCUAUGCGGAGGACGACUCGAAGCUCUUUGCACAGUACUUCUCGCAGCACGUCGCUACGGCCUUUCUAGAGCCCGUCUGUGCCACCCUGAACCUCCGGCCCAGUGGUCAGUUUUGCACGGACCGUGUCGUGCACCUGUGCCUGACCUACGUCGACCUCGCCGUGGAGCUCUCGUCGACCUAUAAGCUGCUCAAGCCGCACCUAGACUUUUUGCUCUACCAGGUGUGCUUCCCCACCAUGUUCCUCGUGGAGGACGACAUCGACGUCUUUGAGAACGACCCCCACGAGUUUGUGCAGCGACAAAACAGCCCCCUCGCCGAUUUUUACGACCCCCGCAUGUCCGCGAUCACCCUCGUCACGGACCUCGUGAAACACCGCGGGCAGGACGUCACGCAGGGCCUGCUGGGUCGAAUGACGGAAAUCCUCAACCGGUACGCCGGGGCACCCGUCGAAUCGAAGAACCACAUCGAAAAGGACGGAGCCCUGCUCAUGUUCGGAUCCCUAGCGAAGUUUCUGCUGGCAAAGGAGAAGUACGCCAAGGAGAUCGAGGGGUUGCUUGUGACGCACGUCUUUCCGGAUUUCAAUUCGCCCGUGGGAUUUCUGCGGUAUCGCGCGUGCUGGAUGGUGCAGCAGUUCUCGACCGUGCAGUGGUCCGACGACGGUACCAACCUCCGAACCCUGUUGCAGUUUAUGCUGCAGCGGCUCAGCGAUCCCGCCCUGCCGGUGCAAAUCGAGGCGAGCAAGGCGCUACGGUUUUUGAUCGAGGCAGACGGGGCCGACGAAACCCUGCUGCCGGUGCUCCCGCAGCUGCUGACCGAAUACUUCCGCAUCAUGAACGAGAUCGGCAACGACGAGGUCGUCAGUGCGCUGCAGGUGUUGCUGGACAAGUUCGGUGACCACAUCGAGCCCCACGCAAUCCAACUGGUGACCCAGCUCACCAAUGCCUUCAACCAAUAUUGCACGGCCGGAGAAGACGACGACGACGACGACGCAGCCAUGGCAGCCGCCCAGUGCCUCGAGUGCAUCGCAACCGUUCUCAAGGGAAUAUGCGACCAGCCCGCCAUGAUGAGAAACCUAGAACCACUUCUGAUCCCUCUCGUGCUAAAAAUCAUGGGCAACGACGGAGAAUACAUCGAAUACCUCGAGUGUGCACUGGAUAUCUUGACCUUCCUUACGUACUUUCCGGACACAAUCUCUCCCGAGUUGUGGCAGGCAUUCCCGCUCAUUUACAUUGCGUUUGACCAAUGGGCUUACGAUUAUCUAAACAUGAUGGUACCCUGUCUACAGGCUUAUAUUCAGAAGGCACCCGACAUGUUUUUGGCCGGACAAGCCCAGCUACCGGAAGGAAACGUUCCCUACAUCGACUUGAUCGUUAGCAUGGUUGCAAAAACUGUCACCAACGAAAGGUCAUCGGAAAGCGAAUGUCGACACGCCCUGUCCUUGUUCAUGGGCGUCUUGCACAACUGCCAAGGCAAGGUUGACGGAUAUAUUUCAACGAUCAACGAGAUAGUGCUCGGGAAGCUAGGGCAGGUAAUUAAUUCAGAUGUUCAACUCACCCGGAUUUCAAUUUACCAAGUGCUGGGAUCAGCCCUUUACUACAACCCCCAGCUGCAACUGGCAGAACUCGAGAAACGCGAAGUGACACAACAGGUGUUUCAAAAAUGGAUGGCAGAUGCAGAAAUGAAAGACAUGACGGAUCGAUGGCUUCCCCGGAAGCUUACUGUGCUUGGUCUGGCGUCUCUUUUCCACAUUCCAGCAGCUACUUUGCCCGCUCCGAUUCAGUCAUCGCUUCCUGCUCUGAUUGACUCUCUGAUCCGCAUUACUAUUUCUCUCCAAAAAGAUUCCGAGGGCGGCGACAGAGUAACCCAGGACGACAACAACUUUUCAGGAGACAGCGAGGAAUCGAUAGGAGACGUCGAUCAGGGCUUUGGCGAGGACGAGGACGUUACAAACGAGGUGGACGAGUCGUACCGAAAGGCGUUGUCGGGCGUGACCUCGUGGGACGACGACAUGGCAAAAUUCCUGCUGGGUGGCGACUGGGACGACAGCGAAGACAUUGACGAGGAUUUUACGUCUCCGCUGGAUCAAGUCCACGAACUCAUAUUUCUCAACGACACGCUGAAAGGGGCCUUCCAACGAGAGCCCGAGGUGUAUCAACAAGUUCAAUCCGCUAUGAGUCCCGAAGCAGUAGCAAACUGCCAAAAGGUGUUCUUGGCCGCCGAUCAGAUUCGUGCCCAGGCAGCACAACAAACUACGCAACAAUCAUAGACAUUUUUCUCAAUUGAAUAGUGCAAUGACUUUUUUAGGUUUGCAUAUUGUGCUGCUUUAUAAUAUUUAUGCAUACACGUCAGAAUCACCUUGCACUAGCUGACUGACAUCAGUAUAUGGCAGUGAAGCGGGAAGACUGUUUUUGGAUGAAUUGUUUCUUCACGAUCUCGGUACUUCGUAUUAUGAUGACAAAAAUCAGUUAGCACACAGAGAGUGAGAAAUAUUACCCCAAAAGUACCUAAACGUCUAAAUGAUGACAAAAAUCAGUUAGCACACAGAGAGUGAGAAAUAUUACCCCAAAAGUACCUAAACGUCUCAAAAGCUGGUGUUGUCCCAGUGAGGAGCCUCUUGUUCCAUGACUAAAAUAGAUUGCUCCAAAGCCUGAUAAAAUCCCUCUCUGUUGGUGCCAUGGGGGGUAUGUGAUGCUAAACAUAGUCCUCCAACUCCAAUUUUUGAUAAAGAUAUGACCCUCAC